UCAACAUCAAUCCUACACAUAUCAACCCAAAAAAAAUCAUUUAUAACCAUUUUUUUUCUUUUUCAGUUUGAAAGCUCUUGGUGGUUUGUGGGCUUGUUCCUCUCCUUUUCCAAUUUCUCUUUCAGGGAUCUUUGAAGAUUUUUCUUAAGCUAACCAAAACAGUGUCCAUCAAAGUAUCUGAAGAAACAACCCAAAAGGAGGAAAGCUACUUGUGUGGUAUGAUUUGGGGUCUGUUCCUGAUAUCAGAAAUUGUUUGCUUGAUAAAAGUAAGAAGCUUUUGAAGUUUGAACCAACUCUUUGCAAAAGGAUUGGUUGAAAGGGAACACUUGAGGUCCAGUUUUUGAUCCAGGAUUGGAUUAUGUUUUGGAGAGAAAAUGGCUGCAGGGACCGAUUACCCAUCUCCACUUUCCAUGUUAGAUGGCAGCAUCAGAAAGGAGAAUGUUACUGUUACAAAAGAAGAGAAAUCACUUACUUUUGAGAGCUUAAAGCAACCGAACAUGGGCAAACCUCCGCGGCACCUCUCAGCUAUGAGGUAUUGUGUGAGCUCUGCCCAGUUGGCUCCUGCAACUGAAGUGGAGUCGGAUGUUGGGAUUGUUAGCUCAAAGUCCUCAUCAGAUAGUAACUCCGCAUUUGUACCUGUUUUUCGCUCUGGAAGCUGUUCAGAGAUCGGUCCAAAACCUUAUAUGGAGGAUGAGCAUAUCUGUAUAGACAAUAUUUUCGAACAUCUAGGUGCCACUGCGAACUUUCCUUCUCCUGGAGCUUUCUAUGGGGUUUUUGAUGGCCAUGGUGGUACAGAUGCAGCUUCUUUUAUCAGAGAGAACAUUUUGAGGUUUAUAAUUGAGGAUUCACAUUUCCCCUUUUGUGCCAAGAAGGCUAUUAAGAGUGCUUUCCUAAACGCUGACCAUGCUUUUGCUGAUACUGGUUCUCUUGAUAGUUCCUCUGGUACCACUGCACUUACUGCCCUCAUAUCUGGAAGGACGAUGCUAAUUGCCAAUGCCGGGGACUGCCGAGCUGUGCUGGGAAGAAGAGGUAGGGCAGUUGAGCUUUCCAAAGACCAUAAACCCAAUUGUGCCUCAGAAAGAGUAAGAAUUGAGAAACUGGGAGGUGUAGUUUAUGAUGGCUACCUUAACGGUCAAUUAUCGGUGGCACGAGCUCUUGGAGAUUGGCACAUGAAAGGCUCCAAAGGUUCCUCUUGUCCUUUAAGCGCAGAGCCGGAGCUUGAGGAGACAACUCUGAGUGAGGAAGAUGAAUUCUUGAUCCUAGGCUGUGAUGGGCUGUGGGAUGUGAUGAGCAGCCAAUGCGCAGUUACAAUUGCAAGGAAAGAAUUAAUGCUUCACAAUGAUCCUGAGAGAUGCUCAAGAGAGCUGGUUAGGGAGGCACUCAAGCGCAAUACCUGCGACAACCUGACAGUAGUUGUGGUAUGCUUCUCCCCAGACCCACCACCUUUGCUUGAGAUCCCGAAAUUGAAAUUCAAAAGGAGUAUAUCAGCAGAAGGUCUGAAUCUUCUGCAGGAAGUACUAGAUAGUAAAUCAUGAUCAAAUUUGAUGCUUAAUCACAUUUGUGAAUGAUAUUGAAGAAUCGGUCAUUUUUCUCUUUUUAUUUAUUUAUUCAUAAUGUCAUCAACAGCCAACCCUUGCAUGUUUUGAUCUGUCUUGGGAUCUAAUUAAUUUGUUGGCUAUUGAGUGAAAUUUGUUGUACAUAAUGUCGUGGUAAAUAAAUCAGUUUGUCCCAUGUCUUGGUAACCCA